AUGGGGGAAACCCAGCUGAUUAAAAGAUCCAACAGACGAUCUUUUUUCAAAGUUGGUGGACUGCAUCUUGGCAUGCACGGGUUGCUAGGUUUUUCUUCAUUAUCUCUGACCAUCCUCGCAUACUACAGCUAUCCAAGCGAAUACCCAAUAUGGAUUGGAUUGUCGCAAGUUGCAAAUCUAGUAACGGUUACCCAUGCCCGAAAUCUUCUCUCUCAAGUGCCGGCAUCCACACAAAUUUUUCCUGGUAUAGUUGCCCCGCACAGGGAAGCAUUCCAACGGACAAUCAGCGGAAUGCAAUACCUCGUCACACGUGUCACAUGUCUGGCCUUUCGGGACCAUUCCAUGGAUAUUGGAUUCCGUAGUACCUUGGCACUCUUACUGUGGCGUGCUUGGCCUUUAAUUCCUUCGUACCAAGCUGAGUGGCUCAAUGGCAAUACGUGGAUUUUUGUUAUUCCAAUGGCCCUCGGUGUCGCAGGAGAUUUGAUCCAGUUCUGGAACGGUGACGUCUUUUCGUCGCGGCAAAUUCUGUCAAUUCAAUUGCAUGGGUUGCUUAUGGCCUUUGGCUUCACACUGGGUUUUCGAAACUAUUUACCCAUGCCACUUGUUUAUAUGGGAGCUGCGUUCGGUGUGUGGAAGAUCCUGCGUGAGGGAAUAAUGACCUUUGAAAACGCGUCGCGCGAACGGCUCGCAUCCCGGAUGGAACUGUAUGCACUCCCGGAGUAA